AUGACCAACAACACAGCUGCAGUCAAGUAUGUUCCAGCAGACAAGACCAUCCAAGAAGACGACAAGCCUCCCCUGCCCCUGUCCCGAAUGAUCAGGAAGAUGAAGCUAGAAGGCACGGAAAACAAGAGGGCCGCGGUAAUGGGGACUGUGACAGACAACAUCAGGAUCCAAGAUGUCCCCAAACUGAAGGUGAGCGCCCUUCGGGUUACCAACAAUGCCCGUAGUCGCAUCCUCAAGGCCGAUGGGAAGAUCCUCUCCGUUGAUCAGCUGGCCAUGACCUCACCGAAGGGUCCCCAGAAGGGCUACCAGGUGUACAGGCAUUUGGGGAAGGUGUCUGGCUCUCCCCACAGCUAUGCCAAACCUUAUGUCAGAUCCACUGGAGGUAAGUUGGAGCAAGGCAGAUGCCGCCGUGCAGCGGAGGCUACAAAAACUAAUCCUUGUUCUUGUUAUAUUAAAGAUUUUUGGACAGUGUCUGCCACAUAG